CUCGCUCGGUGUACGGCGGAGCGACCAGAGGGUGAUAUUAGGCCUCGACAAGCCCGGCCCGGAGCUCGAGCCGACCGGCAGGGGCGGUGAUUGGGAAAACAUUGUUUUGGCGAGAUUUUCUAAGGGCCAUGUCAAGGAAGUUGAGGUUAAGGGAAGGAAGGAGAUGCACGCGGAGGAAAGAGAAUACGCAAAGAGGUCAAAGAAAUCUAGGUUAUAAAUGCGAGAGCCUCAAGAUUCGAGUUAUAGGUCAUCGGCAUAACUGGCCUCCCUAAAUCGCGAUCUCAUCGGUUCCCACGGAUACGUUCCGAGAACAAGUUAUCCUACGUGCUCAGACGGUCAAUACCGGCACUAUAAAUAUUCUAUCACCAAUGACUCAGGCAGUGCGGCCGCCGUGACUACUACCUCCCGUUCGGCUGCAAUUCGAGGAGUAUCGGAGAAAUUGCAGCGGCUAUCGGACAUGUCACAUCUCCGACUCACGAUUCUGUCACCAUGCAAACAAGACCGGCGACAGGUCGCACAUAAACCGCCCACGACCAACUGGUAUUUAAUACACGCACCAGAGCAGCCCAUAGAAAUCCACCGCGCCGUUUAUACGCUUCAGAGUCACCAACGCCACCUCGCAUACUACCACCAUCUCAACUAUGAAGCUCACCAUCACGCUACUCCCAUCCCUCCUCUGGCCCCUCUCCAGCGCGGCGCCCCCUCCCGCGGAGAGCCCUCCGCCCGGGGCCUCAGGGGCGCCCUUCGGACCCGCGAUCUCGGCGCUCCCGGAGCUGCACGGGAACCAGUCGUCUUCUUCCUCCUCCCAUGCCUCCUCUUCUUCUUCUCUGCCCCGGUGCCCUGCGCCCCUGCCGCACGCCCGCUCGCCGCUGUCGCCGCCGCCGGACUACGUAGCGACGACCGGGGCGCGCGAGGGCCAGACGUCGUUCUGCGGCGCGAGCUCAUUCGUCGACGUGGGGGCGGCGGCGGCAGCGGGCGCGGCGCCGCCCGCGCUCGACUGCGCCGCCCUCGCCGACCGCGUCGUCCCGGGGCUUGCGGCCGGGUACUGGCGCUACGACGCGGCGCGCAGCGGCGGAGGCCGCAACGCGACGCCGGCCCGCCGCCUGCUGCAGAGCGGUGCCUGCGCGUUCGGCGUCCUCAGCGCGGCGCUGCCGCCGAAUGCGUCGACGGCGGCGGACGGCACGGGGGAGGGGUGCGGCGAUGGGGGCCCGCGGGCCGACGGUGGUGAUGGGAGGGCCUGCAUUCGCGUCGGCUCCCAGGACGUCAUGGAUGUGGUCAACGAGGCUCUCUGGCGGUUUGUGGCAAACGAUGAUGGAAUGGACACUGGGGGCGGGGGGGGAGCCGGGUGUAGGAAUGGAGAAGGACACCGGCACCGGCCUGCGACAGGGGAUAUUAUGGCGAGGGUUGCGCGUCAGAGGGACGCAGAGGACGGGCAGGUUGUCACCCUGGCAGCGGCCGGGGCCAUGUGGUGCGAUGACCCAGGCGCGAUGGUGAAUUGGGCUUUGUACCACGUCUGA